AUGAACAAGACGAUGGGGGUUUCGCGCCCCGCUAUAAUAGAUUUAACAAGACCAUCGAAUUUUCAACCACAUACUGGAGCGAAGAGAUUAGUGAUUAAGAACCUAAGGGUAACUUCUCCGAGCGAUAAGGAGGAGUAUUUCAGGAAGACUUGGAACGAGCUAGAUGAUGCUUUGGAUUCGGUUUUUAAUAAUAAACAGCCAGUAUCACCAUUGGAAGUCCUGUGUCGUGGAGUCGAAUCAAUUUGUCGGCGUGGAAAGGAAAAGGCAGAUGAGCUAUACAGGCAUCUAGAAAACCGUUGCCACACACAUAUCAAGGAUAAUCUUUUGCCAGCUAUUUCACGCAAUGGAGAUUCUAGCACGGUGGAAACUCUGCGGACAGUGGAGAGAGUAUGGGGAAUUUGGAGAACUCAAUUGGUUCUGUUAAGAUCCAUAUUCAGCUAUCUUGAUAGGGCAUAUCUGCUAAACUCGAAAACACUUCCGCAGCUUGAAGAUAUGGGCAUACGGCAAUUCCGCGAAGUGGUAUUUUUGAAGGGAAGGGAUGUUAGCAAGACAGGAACACAGGUCAUAUUGGGAAUAUGCGAGCUUGUGCAUUAUGAUAGAGAGAGCUUGGAUUUAUUCGACUCAGUCCUUCUCCGAGCUUCCAUUGCUACAAUUCACAUUCUUGGUGUAUACACAAGUCUCUUCGAGAAACAGUUCCAGAAGAUUUCUUCAGCCUACCUCGAACAAUUUGCAUCAGAACGGAGCUCCUCGCCACUAAAAGACUAUAUAUCUUCCUGCGAUAAUCUGUUACAACGAGAAAGUCUCCGUUGUGAUACAUAUAAUUUCGACAGUACUACCAAGAAGACUUUGCUUGAUACCGCGCACGACAUUUUGAUCAAAAAGCGUGCUGAUGUUCUGUUGGAGACGGUAGCUGUUUCGAAGCUUCUUGAAGAUGAAGUAAUGGCAUCGCUUAAAUCUUUGUAUCAGCUUUUGAGACUUUCGGGAAUUCAGGAUCAGCUAAAGGCACCUUUCGCCAAUCACGUUAAAGUUUUCGGGUCAUCUAUUGCAAUGGACAAGGAAAGGGGUGAUGAAAUGGUUGUCCGUUUACUCGAGCUGAAACGGUCACUGGACGUCAUCAUCCGCGAUGCCUUCAACAAAGAUUCAGUGUUUACUUUCUGCCUUCGGGACUCAUUUGGACAAUUUAUAAAUGACCGCCAAGUCGCUAAGGCAUGGGGUACAGAUACUUCCAAAGUUGGAGAAAUGAUAGCGAAAUAUAUGGAUACUUUGUUGCGUGGAGGGCUCAAAGCUGUACCUCGUUCUCUUGUAUCCGACGCCACAGAUCGGAAUGAGGCUGAGAAGAAAGGACAAGCCAGUACCGGCGACGAGGACGCAGAAUUAGACCGUCAACUGGAACAAGGCCUUGAGCUGUUUCGCUUCAUCGAAGGUAAAGAUGUUUUUGAAGCGUUUUAUAAAAGAGAUUUGGCACGCCGGUUGUUGAUGGCACGCAGUGCAAGCCAAGAUGCGGAGAGGAAUAUGCUUGCUAAGUUAAGGGGCGAAUGUGGUAACAGUUUCACUCAUAACCUUGAGUCGAUGUUCAAGGAUCAAGAAAUUUCUCGAGAUGAAAUGAUAUCAUAUAAGCAGUCACUCAGCAACACAAGCAAAACCACACUGGAUCUCCAAGUCAGUGUCCUCUCAUCUGCUGCUUGGCCAACGUAUCCGGAUAUUGAAGUCAACCUCCCUGCGGAAGUCGCAAAACAUAUUGAAAAGUAUGACCGGCAUUAUAAGCACAAACACAGUGGGCGUCGAUUGACUUGGAAACAUUCUCUUGCACACAGCAUCGUCAGGGCAACGUUCAACAAGGGUGUAAAGGAACUCCUAGUUAGUGGUUUUCAAGCUGUUGUGCUCGUUCUCUUUAAUGAGCUCGAGGAUGGUGGCCAUCUUUCCUACACGGAUAUUUCCAAAGCAACGGGUCUUGUCGAUGGUGAAUUGAAACGAACCCUGCAAUCACUUGCAUGUGCCAAAGUCCGACCCUUAACUAAGUACCCUAAAGGCAAAGAAAUCAGUGAGACUGAUACGUUUACCAUCAACCUCAAUUUCUCAGAUCCAAAAUUUAGGAUCAAGAUUAACCAAAUUCAAUUGAAAGAGACCAAGGAGGAGAAUAAAGAAACGCACGAAAAGGUUAUUCAGGAUAGAAGCUUUGAAACUCAGGCUGCUAUUGUUAGAAUCAUGAAGUCAAGAAAGACGAUGACGCAUCAGAAUUUGGUAGCGGAGGUCAUAAAUCAAACCAAAGGGAGAGGUGCAGUAGAACCGGCGGAAAUCAAGAAACAUAUUGAGAAAUUAAUCGAAAAGGACUAUAUCGAGCGCGAAGAUGGCGGAAUUUAUACAUAUCUAGCAUAG